AUUUAAAGCUACCCUGUUGCUUCGGCUGUCUCUGCCAGGGUCUCCGGCUGUCCCGGACGGGCGGGAUCCUCCUGGUGACCUCUCCAGCCUAGGUCCAGCAGCCACCGUGCCCCAAGAUGGGCCGUGGGGACGGCCGUGAGUACUCGCCUGCCGCCACCACCGCAGAGAAUGGGGGCGGCAAGAAGAAGCAGAAGGAGAAGGAGUUGGACGAGCUGAAGAAGGAGGUGGCCAUGGAUGACCACAAGCUGUCUCUGGAUGAGCUGGGCCGCAAGUACCAAGUGGACCUGUCCAAGGGCCUCACCAACCAGCGGGCUCAGGAUAUUCUGGCUCGAGAUGGUCCCAACGCCCUCACUCCACCCCCCACAACCCCUGAGUGGGUCAAGUUCUGCCGUCAGCUUUUCGGGGGCUUCUCCAUCCUGCUGUGGAUUGGGGCCAUCCUCUGCUUCCUGGCCUACGGCAUCCAGGCGGCCAUGGAGGACGAACCAUCCAAUGACAAUCUGUAUCUGGGUGUGGUGCUGGCAGCUGUGGUCAUUGUCACCGGCUGCUUCUCCUACUACCAGGAGGCCAAGAGCUCCAAGAUCAUGGACUCCUUCAAGAACAUGGUGCCUCAGCAAGCCCUCGUGAUCCGGGAGGGUGAGAAGAUGCAAAUCAAUGCAGAGGAAGUGGUGGUGGGAGACCUGGUGGAGGUGAAGGGUGGAGACCGCGUCCCAGCCGACCUCCGGAUUAUCUCUUCUCACGGCUGUAAGGUGGAUAACUCAUCCCUAACAGGCGAGUCUGAGCCCCAGACCCGCUCCCCUGAGUUCACCCAUGAGAACCCCCUGGAGACUCGCAAUAUCUGUUUCUUCUCCACCAACUGUGUUGAAGGCACUGCCAGGGGCAUCGUGAUCGCCACCGGGGACCGCACCGUGAUGGGCCGCAUUGCCACUCUUGCCUCCGGCCUGGAGGUGGGGCGAACACCCAUAGCCAUGGAGAUCGAGCACUUUAUCCAGCUGAUCACGGGCGUGGCUGUGUUCCUGGGAGUCUCCUUCUUCGUUCUCUCCCUCAUCCUGGGUUACAGCUGGCUAGAAGCAGUCAUCUUCCUCAUCGGCAUCAUCGUGGCCAACGUGCCUGAGGGGCUGCUGGCCACUGUCACUGUGUGCCUGACCUUGACUGCCAAGCGCAUGGCACGGAAGAACUGCCUGGUGAAGAACCUGGAGGCAGUAGAGACAUUAGGUUCCACGUCAACCAUCUGCUCAGACAAGACAGGCACCCUCACCCAGAACCGCAUGACCGUGGCCCACAUGUGGUUUGACAACCAGAUCCAUGAGGCUGACACCACUGAAGACCAGUCUGGCGCCACUUUUGACAAACGAUCCCCCACGUGGACGGCCCUGUCUCGGAUCGCUGGUCUCUGCAACCGUGCCGUCUUCAAGGCUGGCCAGGAGAACAUCUCUGUGUCUAAGCGGGACACAGCUGGUGACGCCUCAGAGUCAGCUCUACUCAAGUGCAUUGAGCUGUCCUGUGGCUCUGUGAGGAAGAUGAGAGACAGAAAUCCCAAGGUGGCAGAGAUUCCCUUCAACUCCACCAACAAGUACCAGCUGUCCAUCCACGAGCGAGAAGACAGCCCGCAGAGCCACGUGCUGGUGAUGAAGGGUGCCCCAGAGCGUAUCCUGGACCGGUGCUCCACCAUCCUGGUGCAGGGCAAGGAGAUCCCUCUCGACAAGGAGAUGCAGGAUGCCUUCCAAAACGCCUACAUGGAGCUGGGAGGACUGGGGGAGCGUGUGCUGGGGUUCUGUCAUCUGAAUCUGCCCUCUGGAAAGUUCCCUCGGGGCUUCAAGUUUGACACGGAUGAGCUGAACUUCCCCACAGAGAAACUCUGCUUUGUGGGGCUCAUGUCUAUGAUUGACCCUCCCCGAGCUGCCGUGCCAGACGCUGUGGGCAAGUGUCGGAGUGCAGGCAUCAAGGUGAUCAUGGUGACCGGGGAUCACCCUAUCACAGCCAAGGCCAUUGCCAAAGGCGUGGGCAUCAUAUCCGAGGGCAACGAGACCGUGGAGGACAUCGCAGCCCGGCUCAACAUCCCUGUGAGUCAAGUCAACCCCAGAGAAGCCAAGGCGUGCGUGGUACAUGGCUCGGACCUGAAGGACAUGACGUCGGAGCAUCUGGACGAAAUCCUUAAGAACCACACGGAGAUCGUCUUUGCUCGUACGUCCCCUCAGCAGAAGCUCAUCAUCGUGGAGGGAUGUCAGAGGCAGGGAGCUAUUGUGGCUGUGACGGGUGACGGGGUGAAUGACUCCCCUGCGCUGAAGAAGGCCGACAUCGGCAUUGCCAUGGGCAUCUCUGGCUCUGACGUCUCUAAGCAGGCGGCCGACAUGAUCCUGCUGGACGACAACUUCGCCUCCAUUGUCACGGGGGUGGAGGAGGGCCGCCUCAUCUUUGACAACCUGAAGAAGUCCAUCGCCUACACUCUGACCAGCAACAUCCCCGAGAUCACGCCCUUCCUGCUGUUCAUCAUCAUCAACAUCCCCCUCCCUCUGGGCACUGUGACCAUCCUCUGCAUUGACCUGGGCACAGAUAUGGUCCCUGCCAUCUCUUUGGCCUAUGAGGCAGCUGAGAGUGACAUCAUGAAGCGGCAGCCCCGAAACCCCCAAACAGACAAGCUGGUGAACGAGAGGCUUAUCAGUAUGGCCUACGGACAGAUUGGGAUGAUUCAGGCGCUAGGUGGCUUCUUCACCUACUUUGUGAUCCUGGCAGAGAAUGGUUUCCUGCCAUCACGGCUGCUGGGAAUCCGCCUCGACUGGGAUGACCGGACCAUGAACGACCUGGAGGAUAGCUACGGCCAGGAGUGGACCUACGAGCAGCGGAAGGUGGUGGAGUUCACGUGCCACACGGCCUUCUUCGCCAGCAUUGUGGUUGUGCAGUGGGCUGACCUCAUCAUCUGCAAGACCCGGCGCAACUCCGUCUUCCAGCAGGGCAUGAAGAACAAGAUCCUGAUCUUCGGGCUCCUGGAGGAGACGGCACUGGCUGCCUUUCUCUCUUACUGCCCUGGCAUGGGGGUCGCCCUCCGCAUGUACCCGCUCAAGGUCACGUGGUGGUUCUGCGCCUUCCCCUACAGCCUUCUUAUCUUCAUCUAUGAUGAGGUCCGAAAGCUCAUACUGCGGCGGUAUCCUGGUGGCUGGGUGGAGAAGGAGACGUACUACUGAGCCCAUUGGAAGAAGAACCAGGCACAGGAAAGAUGGGGGGCUCUGGAGGUGUUGCGGGGAUGGUGACGGAGGAUGGAAAACUUGAUGUGGUCUUUUGGGAGAAGAUCUGGGGGAAAACAGUGGGGCAACUCAGCAGGCUAAGUUGCAGGGAGUGGAUAAAUAAAGCAAGCUGGGGUGGUUGCCCCAUGGACCUGACUGUGAACAAUCAGAUUAGAUGUCAGCGUCCCCUGCCCAAUCCCUUUCCCUCCACUACGUCGUCUCUUGCUUUCUGAGGAACUGAAGGCUACCCUAAUCCUCCCCAUUCCCUCCCCCUCGCUCCCUCCUCCUGUAACAGAUCAGCAUCCAAAGGCAGGAACCUGCCUCAACCAGGAGAAGGAAGCCCUCUCAGAUCACCAAACGUCCAGCCUGGCCCGCCUCCCACUGUCACCCCUGCUUAGCUUCCUUCUGGACUCUGUCCCCUCGGCUUCCCCUUCAGAUCUUGACAUUACAAAGGCGCCUCGGUGAGUGCAAGAGCCUGAAGCUAGAAAGAGAAGCUGAGGAGAGAGGCCAGGCUGGUCUCCAGUCAAGGCUGGACAGGGACCCGGGGAGGACAACUGGGCAGGCAGGUGGGAGGUGGGGGUGGGGCUGGCUGGAGGGGAGCGGCAGCAAAGGAACAGGGUCAAGAAAGGAGAGAGAUGGCACCCACAUCAGGACAUCUGACUUGCCUGAGGUCUCCGGAUGUCUGCCGUGUGCCCCAGCUUUGUGCCCUGCCCUUUAGAAUACCCCACAGCAGACCAAGUUCAAAACUCAUCAGAGUAACAGCAGAGGCAGGACCAGAGGUGCUCGGAAGCUUCCGGGGGCCACCACGCCCAAGUGCCGGCCCUUGGUCAGUAGUCCUCUUGGUCCACGAGGCCCAGAUGUCACAGAAACUUGGGCUCUCUCAGUCACAUGCACCUCUCCCUCUAUAAUACAGUCCUUGGAGUUCCAAGCUCUUCCAAGAGGGAUAGCUGCAGUUUUUCCCAGUCAUCUGCCCCCAGCUCCCUUCCCCUCCAUGCCCAUUCUGAUGAAUUAGUGUCAUUCCCAGGCAUUGCCUUGUCAGCCCUGGAAAAAGAGCUCCCCGGCCAUUGGCUGGAAUUGGGUGCAGAAGUUCUCAGAACCUUCCUGCCUUCCAGGGACAUGCAGAAUCAGCGUAGGUCAUGAACGUGGUCAGAACCUUUGGACAGCAAGAGGGAAAAUGUUAGGAGACUUGCCUUUGAUCUCCUUGGUGCAAGGGCUGUCCCUCCCAGGCAAAAGGCCUUCACCCUGCUGAUCACUGUGUCCCUGUCCCUGGGCUGGGUUGAUUUUAGGUUCCUGCAAGAGAUUCCUUCCCUUCCCUUUCUCCCUCCCUCUCUCACAUUGAUGCUCUGCAGGCAGCUCUCCCCAUUCGCUAAACCUGGCUUGGAAGGCACUGGGGAUGUCCUGCACAGAAAGACCCCAACAGGCCAUGCAAGUGAUAGGGACACUAAGGAAAUAAAAGACCUAAGGCAGACAGGAAAGAAACACACACAAAACACAAGCCCACGAACAGCCCCACAGGCUGUUACUUCAUUGCACUGGAAUUCUGCUUCAUCAGAAAUACCUUGAAGUAAGGGAGACAUGACCUUGGGCUUGGGAAUCUGCAUGGGAGACCAUACUCAUUUCGACCUGAUUAAUUUGAGAUGAUCAACUAUGGACAAAAGUUUAUCUUUGUACUAUCAGCAAAAAUGCCAUUUGUUUAGUAAAUUAAGAGCAUAAGCAAUAUUGCUAGGGAUGGCAUAUUUAGUCUACCUAAAACAAUACUUUUCAGGCACUUUAGAAAUACCCAUUUAAAAGUAGCGAGUGCAUGAGCUAAUUAUCCUCAAUCUUGUGUAUUUGUUUAAAAAGCAUCUACAGGAUCUUUACCGGUAACUUUUGUAAGACAUUAGUUUGAGGUACUACAUAUGUACUUGAAAAUAAUAAAGUUGCAUUUCUUUAUGAAAGAAGAAA